GUGAUUUUAGUGAAUGCCACUUUUUGUCAUUUUCAAAUUUCCCGCCAUUCCGUCCCCCGUACGUCCCGACGCUCGCAGGGGACGGAACCCAGAUGACAGACGCCGGCAUCCGCCGGAUUACAUUGCUGGGGACAAUGCAGGAGGGACAUCGCGGGAGCGCAGGACAAGGUAAGAGAAGAACAGACCCCGGAGCAGCGCCGCAUGGUAAGCCCGAGUGUAGCUUGGGGUUACUGCUUGUGGUACUGAAACUUUACCCCGAACUACACUCAGGAAAACCGCCAGGGAGGUUAAAAAAUAUGUACUGUUCGGGGGUUCUAAGUUAUUUUUUAGCAAAAAUAAUGUUUUGCAGAUCUGCUGGCAUAGUCUGCCCAUGUGAAAGGGGCCUUAUUGUCAAAGCUUAAUUGAACAAUCUGAAGAUAGAAGCUGAUUGGUUACUAU